AUGAUAUUUAGCUAGACUAAACUGCAAAUAUUUUUGAUAAUUUCUAUAGGGUUUGUUUAUUGCGGAUAGGCUAGAUAGCCAACACCUACUCCUUAAAGAGUAGUCAAGUAUGAAACUAUUAGUGACAAACAAUUCAAAAUUGAGCCUGGAUAGAUGCUUUAAAUAUCAUUUAAUUCUGAUGUAUAUGAUGUAUAGUCGAUUAAGGUGCUAUAGAAGUUAAAUAAUGGCACGUUGCAAGAUAUGACAAUAAACAACUAUCAAUUAUUUGAAGAUUAAGACAAGUUCAAUCUUGGAGGAUGUGUUUCUUAUUAGACAUAGGCUAAUUAUCAAAAGCUCUUUACUAUUAAUGUUAAUCUCAAUAUAGAUAGUGAUCAAGUAUAAGCGAGAUUUACUGAUGUUCUCUACUUCAAAGAUGAUAAAACAUUCAUGAUGUUAAGUUCUGAUUUCAACAUUUAUACUUACACAUAUCUUAGCUUAGGAAACUCUUAAAAUGGAAAUUAUGAUACUCUUCAAAGUUCUGUUAAUUUUAAAAACCUUAUCAAUAUUAAGCCUGAUUAGGAACCAUGGGCUAAGGGAAUUUCGUAUAAAAGUAAAGGAUAUAUAUUUACUCCUUCAAGAGCUUUUCUCAUAAAUUCAUAUUAGGUAUCAAAUAUCAAAUCAGAUAUGAUAAUUCAGACUAAUUAUGUUGCCAGACAAAAAAUUUAUUCUAUAGUGACAUGCUUAACUGGUAAUAGUAUCUACAUUUUAACAGCUUCUGGAACAGAUGGAGUGGAUUCAUAUUAUGUUUAGUAGACUGGAGAAUUUAUUUACUCAGCUUCUUAUCAAAAAUAAUAACAAAAUAAUAUGGCUAAUAUAAACUAAAAUAUGCCAGCAACUUGUAUGUUUAACAUAGUAAAAAUUAAAAUUGUUUAACAAGGUUAGGACUAAAUUGCUAUUUUUCAAGAAAAUAAUGAAGGACUACAUGUCUUACUAAUAAAUCCUCCUAAAAGUUAAAAUGCUCCUAUUACAUUCUAAUACCAGUACUUUAUUGGAAUUCCUUUCAUUUCAUCAUUUGAUGCAGUCAAAUAUACUAUGUCAAUAACACUUGGUUCCAAAACUUUCUAGUCUGGAUUGGAGGUUUUCUUUGAUAAAAAUAACUACUAUAUCAAUUAUUUUGGAGAUGAUGAAAUUUAAAUUGAUGAUGUAGUUCUCGACUCACAAACAAAAAAUGCUAUAUGGAUAAGUGAUGAUAUAGGUAAAGCUUACAGACACUCUAUUUUCAGACAAAACUUUCAAUAUAGAUAACAAAUUUAUGAAGAAUUUAUAGAUUUAGCUGGAGACAACUAAGUUAUUUUUUUCAACUACCAAAACAUGAACUUAUUGUUUACCUUAGGUUAAAGAUGGUUAGAAAUUUUUAAUAUAACAAAUGUGUAAUCUGAGGUCUUAUGCUCAAGCAAAUAAGGUGGAGUAGACCAAUAGUAUAAUGUUACUUUUACAACAAAUUAUUGCUCUACAGAGUAAUUAUUAUAAGGUAAAGAAGCAGAUUCGUUAUACUUAUUCAAAGAAUGCAUAGUAAGUUUCAAUUUAAACUUCUAGACCAUUGAUGUUUAUAUAACAUCAGCAAAUAUUGGUUUGAUUAUUGGAUUGACUAUCGGUUUAUUUGUUCUUUUAGUUAUUAUUCUUCUUUGUAUAUAUAACCGCUAUAAAAAGAACAGAGGUCAAAUAGAUUAACUUUUUGAGCAAAAGAAGAAAUACAUGAAUAUUGAAUCUGAUGAGCAUAAUAAUAUGAGAUAAAAUGAAUAAAAAAAUCAAAUUUAGCAUUAAUUUGAUAUCUAAUGA